CAAAACAGUUAUUGGAACAUUGCACCAUUGCACACACCUCACAAGUUCGCUCUAAAAAAAUUAUUGACAUAAACGUUUAUUAAUUUCAUGUUAUAUAAAACCAUAAUUGAGUGUUUUUAGUUAAUUAUUGUAUUGAAAGGUCUUAUAAUUGUUGUAAUUUAUAAUUUUAGAAAAAAAAAUAUGGGGACAUUUUAUCUAUUCUUGUUUAUGGUGAUAGCAUACACAUGCUCCACCGUAAACGGAAAUGUAUAUUUCCAUGCUACAAAACCAACUAAUGAAUGGUGGUCGAACACAAUAACAUAUCAAGUGUAUCCAAGAUCAUUUAAAGACAGUAACAAUGAUGGUAUUGGUGAUUUAAAAGGCAUUAUCCAGAAACUAGAUCAUUUCGUUGAUCUUGGUAUUGAGACAUUAUGGAUUGGCCCAUUUUUCAAAUCACCUAUGGAUGAUAUGGGAUAUGAUGUUGAAAACUUUUAUGAGAUAGAUCCUAUCUUUGGAACGUUGGCUGAUUUUGAUGAACUAGUUUUAGAAAUGAAGAAACGAAAUCUUAAAUUAGUAACAGACUUUAUACCUAACCAUUCGAGUUAUAAAUGCGAGUGGUUCAAGAAAUCAAUUAAAAGAGAAGACAAAUACGCGGAUUAUUACAUUUGGCGUAACGCAUCAAACCAAGAUGACAUUUUAAAAAAUUCGACAAUAGAACCAACACCUCCAAAUAAUUGGUUGAGUGUAUUUGGUGGUUCGGGCUGGACAUGGAAUGAUGAACGACAACAAUUUUAUUACCAUCAAUUUAAUUCAAAACAACCAGACUUUAAGAUUAGAAACCCAGAAAUUCACAAGGAAAUUUUCGCUAUAAUUAAAUUUUGGAUGGAUAGAGGCAUUGUUGGAUUCCGAUUUGACGCUCUUAGACAUUUAUAUGAAAGUGAUUCAUUCCUUGAUGAACCUUGUCUAACGACCGAAGCCGAAUGUAAAGUAAACCAUGAUAGCUUAAAUCAUACAUACACAGUAGACCAACCUGAAAACAUUGAAAUCAUAAGGGAAUGGAGAGAAUUCGUCGAUAAUUAUACAAAAAAUAACGACAGGCCAAUUUCUAGUUUCAUAGCCACCGAAUCCUACUCACCGAUAAAGGUAUUAAUGCAAUACUACGGCAAUUCAACGAAAGCCGGGGCUCAUUUACCAUUUAACUUUGGAUUAUUAACCGUUGAUAAACGUAAUAUAAUUGAAUCCAUAGACACAAAUAUAAAAAAAUGGCUAGAUAAUAUGCCUGAAAACCAGGUGGCUAAUUGGGUGGUGGAAAAUCAUGACAACCCUAGAAUGCCAACCAAAUUUAGUCCUGAAAUGGUACCACUCUUUACAGCUUUGAAAUUAUCUCUGCCUGGUAUAGAAGUUACAUACUACGGUAGCGAAAUUGGCAUGGAUAAUACUUAUGUGAGACCAGACCAAUCACAAGAUCCUAAUAAUGCCGGAGGUAAUAGGUUGGAAGAAUCCAGAGAUAAUGAAAGGUGCCCAAUGCAAUGGGAUAGCUCAAUAAACGCAGGAUUUACUGAAGCGAAAAAACCUUGGUUGCCUAUAAAUCCAAAUUAUUAUAAAGUAAACGUCGAAUCACAGAAAAAAAUACCAACUAGCAACUAUAAUUUUUACAAAAAAAUGUCUCUACUUCGAAAAACCGAUACAUUAAAAAAUGGUGAUCUUCAAACUUAUAAUAUUACAAAAUCGAUAUAUAUUUUAAAGAGAUCAUUAUUGGAACGCGAAUCGUACGUUGUCGUAAUGAAUUUUGGAAGUGAAACUGAAACCGUCAUAUUGUCCAAUUACGUGAAGAACCUCAAUGAAGAACUUUUCGUAUACUUGGGAAGUGAAAACUCUGAAUAUAUUACCGGAAAUAUUGUAUCAACUGUAUCUUCAACACUGUAUCCACUAACACUGCGACCACAAUCUGUAAUCGUAUUAACAGAUAAACAUAUUGAACUUGAAAAGAUUGAUACUCAAAAUGCUGGCACACGAAUCAGUUCCACAUUAAUUAGUUUACUCGGGGCUUUUUUACUCUUAAGAAAUUUCUUCUGAAUUUAUCUUUUAUAAUUGUACAAUAAUUAAAUUUAAAUGUUAUCAAUAACUUUGUUGUAUAUAUUAAUUGUUAUCAUGUAUUUUUUAAUAAAAUCCUAAUUUAUAAACCUAUAAUAUAAUAUAUUUAUAAGCAUUUUAAAAAUUACUUGAAAGUUUAUUAAAAACUGUGAUACCUACCUAUUGGAGUUAGUUGCUUUCUAUGGUUGGCCUUUUUGAACUUUAAAGUCUUUAGAAAUACCUGAAAUCGUAAUUAAUUUGUAACUCAAAAUUACUUUGAUAAAAUUAAAAAUAUUAAAAAUA